UAUGAACCCAUACAGACUGAGUCAGUCUUAUCAAGAGGAAUCAAGUGAGAGAAGUCACUCCCACUAUUCAUAUAAACCUGAGAAAAAACGAGGAGAAAGCCAGGAUGGUCCUUCUCCAAGAUCUCAUGUAGAUAUUGAGGAGGAGAAGGUACCUUCUUCACUUCAAGAUGAAUCAAUACAUAUGAGUGAGCUGGAGAUUUCUCGUGAUCAAAAUCCUAUAUCCAAGGAAUAUAUACCUUCUUUAGAGGCAGACCUUCCCAAAAUACAGUCUUCGCGAGAACUUUUUAAUAGCACUGUAAAUAUUGAAGGUAAGAAAACUUUAUUGGAGAUGGAAGAAAAACGCAAGAAGCGUAAGCUCAGACAAGCCCAGAAGCACUUCAGAGGCAGUAGUUUUGGACAAGGGAGUGCUCCUAAAAAUCUUCCUGAGUCCUUAAAAUCCUACGAAUAUGGGUCAAAUGGUUAUGCUCGAGAAGACAGUAGUGAUAAUACAGGGGAUGAAGAAAUUAUUCCUGCUAGUAUUGAAUCCUUAAAAUCCAAAAUUAACAAAGCGGUUUCAAGCAAAGAAACUAAAAAGGUUAAUCUGACUGACAAAUAAAGUCGGCCCAGCUAUCGUCUCUGAUCUCAUAAAGUGUGUCUCAAAUGUUAGCAAUGAAGACAUGCUUGAGUAUAUCAUUGAUAUUGAGAAAGAAAAGCACGACCUUGAAACCAAGUUUUCAGAUGAUUAUAAGAAAAUGAAGAAACAAUUGGUUGAAACAGUCGCAGAAUUAGAUCAGGCUAAAGCAUCCUAUAGAGAUCUGUUAUCUAAAUUUAGUGGCAAAGAAAUACAGAUUCGUGGAUAUAGACUUGCCUUGAACAAUGCAAAUGAGCUCUUGUACGAGGUUAUCGAUCAGAUAGAAAAUAGUAUCUCCCAUGCUAGUAUUCCUUUAAAAGGAUUUAUCAAUUCCAUGAAUAUGAAAAUCAUGAAAUUAUUAGAAAAUAGUACAAAGGAACUACAUACCUUAACAGAUAUAAAUCCUCAAUCAAGUUAUAUUGAAUCAGAGAAAAAUCCGAAAGACCCUAUUGAGGAUGCAUUUAAUCACCUAAGAUCUUUAUUAACUUUCCAGACAUCGUUAAAGAAGUCUUCAAGGCAUCUCUCUGAUAUUGGAGAUGCUGAUCAGCCCUCAAAUCCCAAAUCAAACCAAGAUUUUUCUCCUCUAUCAUCUCAUCGUAAGAAGUCUCCAGAAGUGAUUAGGAAUAUUUCAAAUAAUUCUGAAAAAUCUAUAAAGGAACGUAAAUAAAUCAGCAAGGUCUAAGAAACGUACCGAGGGGUUGCAGAAUCAGACAGAAGUAGUCUCCUCAGUGAGAUAUCGAGGAAAUUGGAAUGCUGCAAGCGAAAUAGGAUCACUUUUGAAUUCGAGCCUACAUCAUCACCGCAAGUCAGAAACUCCAGCUUCAAUUUCACAGACAACUCCGUCAAGAAGUCGUUCGAAAGAUCGCAAAAAGAAGACUAAGAAGAACCCGAAGUCACCAUCAAGAUUCGACUUGAGUAUUAAGCCAAAAGCAAAACUUCGGAAAUCAAUGCCAUCAAAUUCGAAACCUAAGAAGCCAAAGGCGAAGCCUAAAGAAGAAGUUGGAUAUACGUCUAAAUGUUCUUUUAAAAGAAGCAAGCGACCAUCGACUUCGCCUAGUCGAUAA